AGACCCACUCGGUAUUACUCCAGGGUUCCUCACGGAACGGAACAAAAGGCGCACACAAUCGCCACAGAGAAAAAAGAACCCUCGACCAACAAAAAAAAAAAGCCCUAGAAAAGAUUUAGAGAAGCAAUUUCUCACUCCAGAAAAUCUCAUCCUCUUUCUUUAUAUUUGUUUUGGAUAAAGCAUUUGCUGAUACUGAAUUUUAAUUUCUCUCUUGUUUCGUUUUUUGUGGACAUUUUUUCUGCUUCGGUGUUUUCAGGAAGAAAGGGAUAGGAAGAGUAAUAAAGGAGAGUGCAUUCGUUUUGGUUCUUCGCUUCGGGACUCUAACCUUCCAUGCCUCUCUGUUUUUCUCCUCUGCUGCCCCCUUUUCUUCUAUCAAAUUAGGGUUUCCUUGAGCGUGCCUCUUUCGAGAUUCUCCACAAACUAUCAUCAUUGUUAAGGAAGGUGAUUUUUGUUUGGACACAAUGUCGCCAAAAUAUCAGAUUCUCGACAAUCGUUCCAUUAAUCAGUGGAAGGUUACAGAGCUGAGAGAUGAGCUGAAGAGGAGGAGGUUAAGUGCCAAAGGUUUGAAGGAUGAUUUGAUCAGGCGUUUGGAUGAAGCCCUUCGUCUUGAAAGGGAGGUUGAUGAGGCUUCUGACAAGGAUGAUGCUGCUGAGAAGGACGAGGCCAAUGGAUUCGAUGGUCAUGUAGAUGGGGAAAAAGAAUCGGAGGCGGUUAAUGCGGAUGCUGAAGUGGUUGAUACAACUGUCAGGGACAAUGCAAAAACACUUGAAGCUGUUGAAAAGGGGAAUAGUGGUGUAGUUGAACCGGUUGAAACUGGAAGUGUGGAAAAGAUUCCGGAGGUUGUGGAUCAUGACAGUGAUAAGAAUGAUAAACAGGAUGGUGAUACUGUCCAAGUUGACAUUAAUAAUAGUGUGUCAGCCAUGGAGGAAGAAGUUGAACAUAAGGGUUUUCCAGCUGGUGGAGAUUCUGCAAAUGUGGGAGAGGAGGCAACUGACCAUACGUCUAGUGUGGAGACCACCAUUACCGUCGCCAAGUGUGUACUAACAGAAGUAGUAGCCAGUGGUGAGGAUUCUUAUCGUGCAGAAAAGAAUAAUGAGGAUUCAGCAGCAAAGCUGGAGAAUGAGGAGUCAAAGGCGCAGCUGGAUGAUGAGGACACAAAGCCCCAAAUGGAUUGUGACACAAAGCCCUUGCAUGAGGAUCCUGUGCCCGACUCUUCUGUCCCAGAAAACCAGGUAUCUGAGGUCAACCCUAGUUUAGGGUCUCAAGUAAAAUCUGAUUCUAUUUCUACUGAUUCUGUGUCAAUUAAUCAAAAGAAUGAACUAAAGGAUACUAUAAUUACUGAUAAUGUCAAAUUAGAACAAGAUAUUGUUAGGCCGGAGAUGGUGGAAGAACCAUCAUCCAGAAAUGUACCUGUUUAUGAUGAAUCUCAUUCAAUGGAUGUUGGAGGGCUGCAUGAGAAAAAGGCUUCUGUUGAAGAAAAUAUCAAUAAUGUUUCAAGUCCAGACUUGAACAAGACCAAUAGCAGUGAUGAUGUGGGGUAUCCAGAAAAGUUGAACUUGGACAGAAGUUCUGGUGAUGAUUCCAUGGAAGAGGAUUUGCCUGAGACUAAGCAAAUUGAUUCUAAGUUUAAUGUUGAUAAAGUAGAGAGUAUUGAAAAGCUUAUUGUGAAGGAGGAAAUUAGUACUAUAGUUGUGGGAGAUGGUCUAUCUGCAGAAAAAAUGGAUACCAGCCAAGAUGUUGAUAUUAGUCCUGUUGCCCCGGCUGAGAAAAGAAAAUUUCAUGAGCAAGCAUCAGUUGGGAACAAUGAGCCUGCAAAAAGGCAACGCAGGUGGAACACUGAAACAGUUAAAGGUCCAGAACCACAAAGCACUACUCCCAGACCUGCUACUACACCUAAAGAUGAGCCAAUUGCUCUGAAACGCAACUUCUCUAGGUCUGAUUCCUCUGUUUCUGAUGAUGCACCUAAAGAACGCAUUGUUCCACCAUCACAAAGCUCCCCAACUAAUUCCCUCAGGAUUGAUCGUUUCCUCCGUCCAUUUACCCUAAAAGCAGUGCAAGAACUUCUUGGUAAGACUGGGAAUGUCAGCAGUUUCUGGAUGGACCAAAUAAAGACCCAUUGCUAUGUUACUUACUCGUCUGUGGAAGAGGCUAUCGAGACUAGAAAUGCUGUGUAUAAUUUGCAAUGGCCACCAAACGGUGGGCGUCUCUUAGUUGCUGAGUAUGUUGAUCCUGAAGAAGUGAAGAUGAAGUUAGAACCUCCUCCUACUCAGGCUGCCUCUGUCAGCACUGCUCCAACAGUUCCUCCUGCACCCCCCUCCUCACAGCCAGAGCCUCCACCCCGUCUGCACCGGGAGCAGCAUCCAGCUCCAGCUACGCUCCCACCUCCACCCCCAUUAUCAAAAACCCCUCCAGUAGCAAGAGAGCGGCUUCCAUCUCCACCACCCCUUCCUGAGAAAGUUGAUCCACCUAUUGUCACUCUGGAUGAUCUAUUCCGCAAAACCACAGCAACUCCUCGGAUCUACUAUUUACCUUUGUCUGAAGAGCAAGUUGCCGCAAAACUUGCAGCACAGGGUAAAAGCAUGAGGCAGUAUGUAGGGCAUUAGCCUGCAAUUCUUCCCUGGAAUCUUUUACUGAUUUUGCUAUUUUUGUUCAUUGUGCGUGGUAUGGAAUUAUUGUGAAUGCUUCUUGGCGGAUCUGAUGGUGUUUUGUCUCGGGAAGAAAUUGCGUUGCCAAUGCAUAUUGAGACUUAUAUUUAUUUAGUUUUAGAACCGUCGUGAACUAAGAGCUACAGGGGUUGAUAGAUUUUCCCCACUGUUUGAACUAGGCUAAGUGAACCUUCACCAGAAACUUCAACUUUUAUGGAAAAACUUGACGUUAGAUUAUGUUUCUCCUCCCCCCCCCAAGAUGCGUAAUUUGUUUAAAGUACCUUGCUUUUUAUUUUUUUCCCACGUAUUUUCGUUUGCUGAAUGUCAAUUUAUUUUUUAGUCU